ACGCUGCACAAGUGAUCAGCAAACACACGUGUCGCUCAACCAGAAGGAACAGGAUUCCUUGGAUGCUUUCCAGAUCCGCCUGGCUUUUUCUUUUUCUCUCUCUCUCCCUUUUUUUUUUUCCCUCCCCUUUCCCUGGCUGGCUCCAGGUUUUACUUCUGGUUGCCUGCGAGGGCUGCUUUUGCUCCUCCCUUCUGAAAUCCUAUAUUAACUGUGGCCAAAGCCGGGGAAGAAGCACAGCUCAUUGUUGGCGAGGGCUGAUGAGCCUGGCGGAGGAGUGAGGAGGGUCGGAGGGGCCGGGGGAGCCCUCUCUAUGCGGGGCGGCUCCCGCUGAGCGAUCGCAGAGCCCGAGGACGAGAGAGGAGAAGGGGAGACGAGGUGGGCAAUGGCAGAGCACAUGAUGGCCAUGAAUCACGGGCGCUUCCCCGACGGGCCCAGCGGGCUGCACCACCACCCUGCCCACCGGAUGGGAAUGGGGCAGUUUGCUAGCCCGCACCACCACCACCAGCAGCAGCAACAGCAGCAGCAGCACUCGCAGUUCCUGGCGCCGCCCGUGGCCAGCCCCGCGGGGCAGCUGACGGCCAGCAUGCAGCUGCAGAAGCUCAACAACCAGUACUUCAGCCACCACCCCUACCCGCACGGCCACUACAUGCCGGACUUGCACCCCGCGGCCCACCAGCUCGCCGGCCCGGGCCAGCAUUUCAGAGACUGCAACCCCAAGCACGGCGGCGGCGGCGGCGGCGCCUUGUCCGCCCCCGUGCCCCACGGCCCCGCGGCCAUGCUGCCUCCCAAUGUCAUAGACACCGACUUCAUCGACGAGGAGGUGCUCAUGUCCCUGGUCAUAGAAAUGGGCUUGGACCGCAUCAAGGAGCUGCCCGAGCUGUGGUUGGGACAGAACGAGUUUGACUUCAUGACAGACUUCGUUUGCAAACAGCAGCCCAGCAGGGUGAGCUGCUGACUGACUGCAGGCAGACAAAGGACUUGGGAGCCCGUGCGGAUGACAACAUUCCCUUAGACACAGGACCCGGCUUCCCCGCCUGCACAGGCUGAGGAGCUGGAGCCCAGAGUCAACUAGAAGCUUGUAGAAAUUGAUUUGGGGUUUGUUUUUGCUUUCUGUCUCUCUCUCUCUCUCUCUCUCUCUUUUUUAAUGCUGCCACUCUUCUUUUGUAGCUCUGACACUCACUUCCCUGCCUGUAGGAAUAAUUCCUAGCUAACAAUGCCUUUGGCCAUU